CACCCAACAACAUUCCUCUACGAAUGCCAUCAACUCUCAAUGUGGCUUCGCGAAUAUCGGCCAUAAAUUUGAAAAAUUAAAUCUCUGCAAACUACUGAUUGUGAUUUAGAUAUACCUCGGCAAACUCCCGCAGCCAAAAAGCGAAAGAGCAACGAUUUUCAAGCAGCUCUAAUAGAGGCACUUAAAGAGCUUACAAUAUAGAUUACUGAUCCAUUAGAUGGAUUUCUAGCAAGAUUAGGAGAAGGCAUGCGAAGGCUGCUAUACCGUGACAGAGCUCGUCUGGAAAUUGAAAUUUUGACGUUACUCGCGGAGAAGGAAAAUUUGUGUAUUAAGUACUUUCUUGCAGGAUUACCAGAUGCAUAUAAAUCUAUGAUAAUGGGUAUCGAGAACUCGAAUAUUCCUAUCACCAGGGAUUCAAUUAAAACAAAAUUGCUACAGGAGGUAAAGGACGACGUUUGUCGUAAGUCAUCGAACGACGACACAGCACUGCAAGUUAAACUAAAGGAUUCUUGGAAUGAAACGAAUGUUUCUAAAAAACCUAGAUGUUAUAACUGCAAUAAAUAUAGCCACUUUUCAAGAGAUUGUCGCAGCAAAAGAAAAACGAAGCCAACGACACAAGAACCGAAGUUAGCAAACACUGCAACAAACUCCAUCUUCUUUAUGGCUCUCAAAGUGGAUAAUACAAAUUCCACAGAUUGCCAACAAUGAAAGUGUACCCAUAGAAGCGAUGGGAAGCAAGUAAAUAGAUGUUCUUGCUAACGAUACGAAGAAGAGCACUAAUAUAAUGGACGUCCUUGACUACUACAGUCUCGAAGACGACAACCAGGAAGAUGACGAUACUCAGCCGCAACUACCAAAACCUCCGAGAAAAUCUUCCAGAAUUCCGAAGUCUAAAUCAAUGGAUGACUUCAUUAUUGGAUAGAAGAAAUACCAAUAAUUGACCCGACAUCUAUUGAAGAAGCACUACAUUGCGAAGAUUCUGAAAAAUGGUUAAAAGCGAUACGAAAUGAAUUACGGUCACAUGAAGAAAAUCAUACGUGGGAAUUGGCAGUUCUUCCCCCAAACAGGAAAGCAAUUAGUGCUAAAUGGAUUUUCAAAAGUAAGAGAGAUGCGAAUGAUAAUAUCAUAAGACAUAAAGUGCGUCUAGUCGUAAAAGGAUGCGUUCAGAAGAAAGUAUUAAAAUACGAAGAAACUUACGCACCAGACCUAAUUAGAUAUAACUUUCUCAGAUACCUGUUCAGAUUUGCAGCAAGAUAUAAUUUGGAUAUCGACUAUUUAGACGUUGUGACUGCAUUUUUUCAAGGUGAGCUAAACGACGAGAUUUAUGUUAAAAUUCUCAUAAUUGAUCAGAACGCAAAAGCAGUAAAAAAUGAAGCUGUUUAUAAACUAAACAAGGCUGUCUACGGACUGAAGUAAGGAAGCUGUUGCUGGAACCAAAAACUCAAUAAAGUGCUGACAAAUCUCAACUUUAAGAGAUCAACGGCGGACCCGCGUGUAUAUCAUAAAAAUCAAGAGAAUAUUCUAAUUAUCGCAGUAUAUGUAGACGAUAUGUUGAUAUUUAGCAAUAACCAAUAACAAAAGCGCGUUGUCAAAGAACAGCUUCAGAAAGAAUUUAAACUGAAGGAUUUAGGUUAGAAGUUACAAACUGCCUUGGAAUACGAAUAACAAAAGAUUGCCAUCGAGGUUUACUGUGGAUGGACCAGACUAUCACUAUCAGACUAUUGAUCAGCUUCUAGCCAAAUUUAAUAUGAGGCAUUGUAACUCUAUUUCAACUCCUCUCGACAAGAACCACACACUAACUCAUGAGAUAAAUCCAAAAACAGAUAAAGAGAGAGAUACCAUGAUACUAAUGUCCACAACCGACAUGCCUCUAAAAUCCGAGAUGACUUUGCAUCGUACUUCGAAAAUACCGGGACAGUGUCUUGGCAGUGGGAAAAAGUUGCUCAAUGAUUUUUAAUUGAAAAAAAAUUCAGAUUUAAGAUAAGAAAAAUUUAAAUGAGUUGAUUAUUUCAGCUGAAGGAACAAAAUUGAUUUAUUUUUAUAUAGGAAUGAAAGAAUGCCACAAUUACCAUAGGAUGCCACGAUUGCUACUAUCAAAAGAAAAAUUGAAUUUACAUAUGUUCCUGCGUUUCUGAAAAGAC